CAUGAUUCGAGGUCGACUUGAGCUGUGUUUGCCCGUUGGGUGGGGAUGGGAAUGGGGAUGCGUCGGCGCUUACUCUGAUUUUUUGGAGCUCGAGCGACAGGAUUCAAGUUUCCUGCAGCUGUUAUUAGCCAGGUGUAUCAAGCCAUGAAGCUGAUGAAUUAUCAGGUGGUCUUUGCUAAGCACCCAGGUGUGAACGGCUCGCCGGCAGAGGACAACUUCCGGUACGAGAGCUGCGAGUACCCUGCCGACCCGGCCGCCGGCCAUGUGCUUGUUCAGAACCUGUACCUGUCGGUGGAUCCGGCCCAGAGAUGCCAGAUGAACGAGGCGAGCGGUGCGGAUUACUUGCUGCCGUGGCGAUUGGAUGAGCCAGUGCCCGGUCUCGGCGGAGUGGGCAAAGUGCUGAGCAGCAACCACGCCGACUUCCGGUCCGGUGACGUCGUCAUGUCUGGCUUCUUUGAAUGGCCGUGGCGGCUGUAUUUCUCCAUCGACGCCUCCAAGAUCAUGAAGGUUGACGAGCGAUUGGUAGGCAAGCGUUUGUCGCUUCCAAUAUCUUGCCUGGGUCUCGUCGGCCUGACAGCGCUGUUCGGCAUCACCGAGAGGUCAAAGCUGCGAGAACUGAAAACAGAUGGCAGCACCAAGCGGACGCUUGUCGUUAGCGGUGCUGCCGGCGCCUGUGGACAUUUGGCUGGUCAAAUUGGCAGGCUGGAGGGCGCUGAUCUAGUGGUCGGCAUCUGCGGCUCGGCCGCCAAAUGCCGCUUCCUCACGGCCGAGGCCGGCUUCGACGCGGCCGUCAACUACCGCACCGAGGACGUGGCCGCCCGGCUCGCCGAGCUCUGCCCGCACGGCGUACACAGCUACUUCGACAACGUAGGCGGCGCCGUCAGCGACGCUGUGAUCGGCCAGAUGGUGCCGGGCAGCGCCAUAGUCCUCUGCGGACAGAUAUCCACGUACAAUACAGACGCGCCGUACCCGCCUCCCCUGAAGCCGGAAGUGCAGCAGAUUGUCACAGAGCGCGGCAUUAGCAGGGAGCGGUACCUGGUACUGGAGUACCAGGACAAGUUUGCCGACGGCGUGACCCGUCUCGCUCACUGGCUCAACGCCGGCGCUCUGAAGGUGUUCGAAACAGUGGAGGACGGCCUGGAGAACGCCGGUAAAGCCUUCUGUUCCAUGAUGUCGGGCGGCAAUGUUGGCAAACAGCUUGUGAAAGUCAGCGACGCUUGACGGCGCCCGGCACGCCUCGCUUGUGCUGACACCUGCUGGCCGCUCCAGUGAAUGGCCGACGGCUGUGGGUGAUGGCGGUGAAUGGCGGCUUUGUUGGAUGCGUGUCGACGCCGUUCCGUAUCUUUUUACCCGAAGCAUUGCUUGUGGUGUUUGGAGACGCUUCAGCUGGUCAGUGCUGUGCAGGCAUCGGACGCUGCUCCAGGUGGUGGUGUGUUGGCCCAUAGCGUAAUGUUCACAUGCUGGUCAGUGCUGUGCAGGCAUCGGACGCUGCUCCAGGUGGUGGUGUGUUGACCCGUAGCGUAAUGUUCACAUGCUCCGGCGUAGGAUCCGUCGGCGGUUGCCUGAUUCCAACGUGACGUCACCGUGAGAUUUCCGUUAUCGUCGUCGAUUCUGAACUGUUGUUAGUUUUACCAGUGAGCAAUUAUCAAGUAUUAAGUAAGCCAUCAUGACACACUCAGCAGCUGGCCUGCAGAAACAUGUUCGGCUUCGGCUCCGACCGGCCCCAAUUCUCAAAUGAACGGCUCGGGUUCCGACCGGCCCCGAUUCUCAAAUGUACGGCUCGGGCUCUGACCGGCCCCAAUUCUCAAAUGAACGGCUUCGGCUCCGACCGGCCCCAAUUCUCAAAUGAACGGCUUCGGCUCCGACUAGCCCCAAUUCUCAAAGGAACGGCUCGGGCUCCGACUGGCCCGCAUUCUCAAAUGAAUUGAUUUCGCGUUUACCCUCUUACCCUUAAUUCAUUUCAAAUCUGAUGAAUUCCUGCGUGAUUUGUGACUGCCGGGAAUCCAACACAAGGCUGGCGGAAGCCCUCAAAAUGUUGCGCUUCUGAGGUUAUGUGCCCACCACACAUUGCUUUGCUUUGGUAACGUACACUCAAGGCAUUCCGAGGAGAGAAGAAAAAAACGUAUAUGGUGCAGAACAGUGUCAAAUUUGAGGGCAUGCAACUAAAACUAUUGAGUAGGGAGGGUAAUACGGACGUGAGUUGGAGAGUCGAGUGGUUGAAGCCUCGAGCCGAAUGCGUCAAGCGCUUGUUCUUGAUUUAGCGUAGGGAAUCUCGCAUGAUUCGCUCAGUUAACUUAUUGCUUGGGGCUUAUGCUACGGAACGGUCAUAUCCAGAGGCGCUUAGGGUGUGGAAAAGCACAGUUUAUGAUAAAUACAUGAAGUGAAGUGCGUAACGUGCCAUUCGGCGUUCUGCAAGCGCGCCUUUAAUUAUCACCUUUUUUCUGUUUCGUCUGUGGAUGGAGGUGCACAACAACAGAACCUGCGGUCUUUGUAAAUUGCCUCAACUCGAGCGAGCUACUGGUAAUAUGGCUCGCUUGUGUCGAAUGGCGAGAUAAAGUAUAUGGUACUGCCGAAAAUGUACAAAAUGGUGUCGCUUAACAUGUCGCGGAGUGUUUGCCUUCGCCUGGUUGCCUUUGUCUCUUUUCCCAGAUUGCAGAUGUCUUCCGUCAGAACUGCAUCGCAACUUUCGUGUCCAACCCUCCUAGUGUCUCGCUCACGCUAGUCAGUAUUACGUACAUCUGCGACCGCCGUCGGUGCUACGGACUCACUGACCCCACCGUAUUGUGUGUGUGUGUGUGCGCGCGCGCGCGCGGUGGUGUGCUGCUGAAUAGGCGCUACUGAGCCUCCCGGCCCAGUCGCCGGAGCACAAUUAUGACCGAUCUGAGCCGCAAUUUGUCGGUGUGAUGUCGCCCGCGGCUGUCACAAAGGCGGCACGCCUGCUGCGGCUCGGUAACCAGUGGGGCUUGCGGUGGACGGCGAUGAUAGCGAACAAUAUACGUGAGUGCAGUCUUGA